ACAAUACUUCCCCGAGUUUAAUUUGGAGCGAAAUGAUUGUUUUCAAGAGAAUACUACUGCUGUUGCAGUGAAAAGAUGCUAUGAAGUUUCUUGGAUUCAGUCAGCCUUUUAUUUCUAUUUCAGAAAAAUAACCUCACCACUUGAAGUUUUGCUUGAUAAGACUAUUCCAACACAGAAGCAUUAUUACAAAGGGACAUCUGAUUUUGUGAAGACUCCAAUUCCGGAAAGUGGUUGGGAAAUGAUAGAAAGAACAUUCUUGGAGGAAGCAGGACCGCGGAUGAUUUUGGAGCCAUUAGGUGGAAAAAUGAAUGAAAUCUCUGAAUCUGAAACUCCAUUCCCUCAUAGAAAAGGGAAUUUGUAUAAUAUUCAGUACACGGUAGGCUGGUCUGACAACAGCGAGAGCAUAUCAAGCCAGAAGAUUGCAUGGUUGAGGAAACUGUACAAGGAAAUGGAGCCAUAUGUUGCAAAAUCUCCAAGAACUGCUUACCUGAAUUACAGGGACCUUGAUUUCGGGACUAAUCAAGAGGACUGCAGCUAUUCAAAGGCCAAAAUGUGGGGUGAGAAGUAUUUCAAUGGCAACUUUGAGAGGUUAGCUAAAGUAAAGAGUAAGGUGGAUCCCAACAAUUUCUUCAAACAUGAACAAAGUAUUCCACCUUAUUCUUACUAA